GCAGGAGCGAGCCGUCGGAACUACAGCGAGGGCUAGAACAGGAACACGUAGUACUGAAGAUGCAGGUGACCACUUAGUUCAACAUAGUGGAACCGAGUCCAACGAAUCUACGGGACGAGAUGCAGCAGCAGUUGUAGAAGAUACGAACAACCAGACCGCACUGCGAUUCGUGUUUGAGGUGUUGGAUUAUGCUUUGUCAACUACAUAUCAAAUGUAAAAAUGUCUGGGUCUGGAAGGUUCUGACACUUGUCAUGCACGUUUUGCAUGAGCCAUGAUGUCUGUGAUGCAUACCCUAGCAAUACAGAUUUUCUGAGGGCUUCUUGAUGCCUAUUCCGCAUGACAAAUGCCUUCGCAGCGUAGUAAGAAUUGCAUUCUGAUGUUUGCUACUCAUGCAAUACAGAUUUUUUUGGAAUCCAAAUACAGCAUUACAAGUUGCAUUCUUCCAGACCCAGACAUUUUUGCAUUUCAUACUACAGGAGGCGCGGUGUCUACUUCCGGUGAAGAAGAACAAGACUACACGACGAGAACUACGGGCCCUCUGCGGAGGUCCAAGAACAACUACACGGCUGGCGCACGAGGGGAAUACAGCACGACAGAAAGAACUGCGAAGCAACUCGCCAGUCGAGUUGUUGCUGCGGCGCUUGAAGAUGAAGAUCUUCCGGGUGUUGAUCAGAGUAGACACGACAAAGAUGAUAUCAGUUCACUACCCUUCACCGAAGACUUGAAGAUCUUGCCGCGGCGAGCGGACGCCGACCACAGGAGCAGGCGGAAUAAUUUCAAACCCGAUACUAGUACAACUUGGAAAACCGAACUGGUGGAGUUUCUCGAUUUGGAAGAAGUAGAGGCGCAGGCAUCUUCAUCUGCGGCUUCAUCAUCAUCUGCUGUUCAUCAUCUUGCGUCGUCGAGUAGCAACCGGGCUGGUGCAGCAGCUAUUCCGCAUGACAAGUUCAGCCAAUCCUUCGUGCACGCUUUGCUGGACGAAGUGCUUGAUCCAGAGAAGACGAAUUUGGAACAACUGACGCAGAAAGUGGAAAGGCAAAACAGAAACAGCAGCACUAGCACGGUGCUCAGGAAGAACAACAAUGGGAGUGGCAAAACGACCACUACACCAACACUAACACAUCAUCUUCAUCGUCACCCAGCACAGGAGGAGAAGACAGUGGCAGGAAUCUCCGCGCCGGAAAGCAGUUUACAACCAGGCAACGAGAACGACUUCGCCAUCAAAGCCUCUCUCACCAUUGCGAAUCUUCAGCUGCUGUCUUUAUCUACUUCUACUCCAUCCGGGUCGAACGAUGUUCUACCCCAGAGGACCAGCACCCUCCCCCCGAUAAUGACCACCACGACGAAAAUAAACCGUUUCGCCCAGUUCUGGCCUCUCACCGAACGCUACAAUCCCCAGAUUUACAUCGAGCUUUGCGGCCUAGCGCUGAGGGACGAGAGAUUCUUUCAGCUGUUUCAGAACGCGAAAUCGUUCGGGAAAGAAGUGGACAUGAAGAUGAUGAUUGAUGACAGGACCACAGGGACUAGGACUACUGGUACAGGAAUGGGUGGUACAGGCACGAUAGGACGAGGGGGUAAGAACCCAACAGCAUUUCUUUCCCACACGGCCGGCGCACAACAAGGGGAUGAGGAAAUUGGCAACCCCUUGAUCCUGCAAUUGUUGCAAGAAGAACGCGGCGGUGGACAUCAGCAACAGAAAAUUAUGUCCCCCUCUUCCUCCGCUUCAGGAAACAUCAAAAAGAUGAACAUUUUCGAGAAACUAAACUUCCCUCCCAACCCGCGACAGCAGCAUUUCGACACUUUGCGCAAAAACCGGCGGCACGCGCUGCGACGGAAGAAGGGACUGCCUUCGGAGACUCCGCCGUCGCACAGCUUGACCGGAUCGGACGUAG